AAGGGUGCAUUCUCGUUUGUUGGGUCAAAAAAAUCGAAAUUUUUUUUUUUGCAUUUUUCGAUAGCUAUAAGUGUCUAGAAUAUCAUACUAAAAGGGCAAAUCGAAAUACGUAAUGGUUUAAAAGUUAUGAGCCUCCGAGCCAACCGACUCAAAGCAGGUAGAGAGCGUCGAACGGGUCGAGCGGCGCAGGUACAUAGCCGACUGAUCUUUCUAUCGGUAUAUGAUUUUCCUCGAAGUCCAAAAAAAGGAGUGCAUCAAUCAUGUGCAGAAAAGAAUGGGCUCAAGAUUACGGAACGUGAAAAAAAAGAACAAAAAAAUCGGUGGACAUGGUCCUGGAAAGCUCACAGACAAGUUAAUUAACGAAUUAACUAUUUAUUAUGGCCUUGCAAUUAGAAGGAAUCCGCAUGAUGUCGAGAAAAUGAGGAACGACGUGUGGGCAACAUUUUAUCACAAAAUGUCGACGAACGAAACGCCUCAGCACGAGCGUUGCCCAAGCGGACCAAAUUCAUGGUGUAAGUGGCGGCAAGCGGAAGCGGCUGGAACUUUGCAGUCCUACAAUCAUCCUCCUCCUCUCGAUUCGAAAGUGCAGGAAUUAAUUCAACCGAUUUACGAAGAUUUGUCAUCGCAAGAUUUGUUGAACCGUUGUUGCGGGGGAUUCACUCAGAACAACAACGAGUGCUUCAACAAAACUAUUUGGCAGUUCGCCCCAAAACACGUUUUUUGCGCCUCCAACAUCAUAACGAUUGCAGCAUAUCUUGCCACCUGCAUUUUUAAUGAAGGUUUUCAACCUAUUUUAAAAAUUAUGAGCAUCAUGGGAAUCACCAUCGGCCCAAAUGCCCACAAUUUUGCUUGCACUCGCGACCAACAGCGUAUUACAGAUGCGGAGCGGCGAUCGACAUAUCAGUCAGUGGAAGAAAGAACUGCCCGAAAAAACGAAAGAUUGCAAGAUCAAAUCAAUUUUGAGGAAGCCGAGGGUCUGCUAUAUGGUCCUGGAAUAGCUGAUUAGCUACGAUUUUUACGGCCUGUGGAAGAGUCGCCAGCGUGGUUCGUGUUUUGUGCACUGGCUCACGUUGUGUCGCGUUCUGCUCCAGGAUAUGCAUUAUAUAAUCUGUAGAUUUUUUAUAAACUUCUUCAAAGUACCAUAAUUAUAACUGAAAAAGUUUCGAGAACCUAUGUUUAUUACUUUUGCCAAAAAAAAUUCCUGAAAAUUGCCUAUUUUUUGACCCAACAAACGAGAAUGGACCCUUAAUAUCUCUGUGUUCUCAUAGCCCCGAGAAGAGUUCUAACUUUUAUCAUAAUC